AUGGAGUCGUUAGUGGUGGAAGCAUGUUCUAUUUUGUCUGGUGUGUUGGCUCAACAAUUGAACCAACGAUUAACAGAAAGUGAUAGAUCUAUGUUAAAAAGUAGAAAGAAAAGGAGAUGGUGGGUAAGACAAUGGAUUCAAAAGCGUAAAAGUAAUGGUGGUUCUAUGUUUAUUUCACGCGAAUUACGAAAUGAAAAUCCGGAAGAUUUCAAAAACAUUUUAAGAAUGUCAGAUACACACUUUAACUAUUUGUUGAAUAAAAUAAAAUUCAAGAUUCAAAAAAUGGACACAACAAUGAGGGAAGCUAUUCCAGCAGAUACUAAACUCAAAUUAACACUUCGCUACUUAGCAACGGGUGAUUCAUUUAAAAGCCUGGAAUAUUUUUUUAUAGUUCCUAAAUGUACCAUCAGUUUAUUUCUACCUGAAGUUUGUUCUGAAAUAUACUCAGCUCUUGCAGAAUUUAUUGAAGUAAGUCAAAACAAUUUUAAAUUUUAA